CAGCACACUCCACCUUCUCACCAACACCUGAGAAUGAUUCGCCUUUCAUUGCUCACCCAGCGACAGUGCCAGGCACAAGGACGGCGUUACCCGAUCUCACCUGCUCGUUCGAUCACUGUCUUCACUCCCAUUCAUUCCCUCCAAAGUGCUCGUGCGUUCUCCACUUCAUGGCGCUCAUUCAUUCCCGAGAGCAGCAAUACCAGCGAUGGCGCUUCUUCCUCCACAGAGACUGUUAGAGCAUCGAGGUCACUUCGAGUCGCUGUCAUCGGCAGUGGUCCAGGGGGGUUCUACACUGCACACAGGAUCUUGAAGAAUGUUUCUCAAGCGUCAAUUGAUAUGUUUGAAGCACUGCCUGUCCCUCACGGUCUAGUGCGCUUUGGUGUUGCGCCCGAUCAUCCUGAAGUGAAAAACGUGAUGCAUACCUUCGACGAGGUCGCGCAGAACCCCAACUUUACAUUCAUUGGCAACACCUCGGUCGGGACUUUUAUCGCACCUGGAUCCAAGAAGGCGGAUCUCGAAAUUUCCGAUCUGCGGCCACAUUACGAUGCUAUCAUCCUGGCCUAUGGUGCGCACGAAGACCGCCUGUUGGGCAUUCCCAACGAGCAGUCUUUGAAGGGUGUGAUGGCUGCGCGAUCGUUCGUGGGGUUCUAUAACGGAUUACCGAGUGAGCAGGAUCUAGAGAUUGAUCUCAGCCUAGCUGAGACCGCGGUGGUGAUCGGACAGGGCAAUGUUGCGCUGGAUGUGGCGAGGAUUCUUUUGACACCGCUGGAUGAGCUGAAGAAGACGGAUUUGACAGAGAAGAUGAUCAGGAUUCUGGAGAAGAGUCGAGUCAAGCACGUCCAUGUCAUUGGCCGUCGUGGGCCAUUGGAGGUUGCUUUCACGGCCAAGGAGCUGAGGGAGAUGCUUCAUUUGCCCAACACGACCUUCCACAUGGACGCCGAUCUAUUGGCCUCUGAGAUGGAGCGUGCGGGCAAGUCGCUGGACCGCCCCCGGAAGCGUCUGAUGGGGCUUCUAGAAAAGGGAAUUAAGGAAUCAAAGCCCGAUCAACCUAAAUCGUGGUCCCUCAUGUUCCUGCGCAGUCCUCUUGGAUUCCAGGGCGAUAGUACGCAUGACCAGCUGAAGGCCAUUGAGUUAGGCAUAAAUCAUCUGGAAGGCGAGGAUCACAGCCGAAAGGCUGUCGCUACAGGACAGAAGGAAACCUUGGAAUGCGGACUGGCCUUUAGGAGUAUCGGCUACAAGAGCGUGGGGAUCCAGGGUAUCCCUUUUGAUGAGCGCAGGGGUAUUGUACCAAACAUGGACGGCAAAGUGAUGGAUGCGGACCGGAAUAUGGUCCCUGGGCUAUAUGCCGCGGGUUGGCUGAAGCGCGGCCCUAUUGGUGUGAUCGCAUCGACUAUGGCGGAUGCCUACCAAACUGGAGAUACUAUCAUCGCGGACUGGAGGAGCGGUCAGCCCAUGUUGAACAGUGAAGAGUCGGCUUCAAAGGAAGGAGGCGAGCCUGUGCUGGAGCUCCUUCGCUCAAAGGGCCAUAAGACCGUCUCGUAUGAGGACUGGAAGAAGAUCGAACAAAAAGAGUUUGAGCUCGGUGCCAAGGUCGGCAAACCAAGAGAGAAGUUCUUGACUACGGAGGAGAUGCUCAAAGCGAUGGACUAGACGACAUUUUUAUUUUAUUUUUGGAUACUUAUUUAGCAGCCUUGCAGACAAAUCAACCAUAGAAGCAUAGAUUCAUAGAUUCAUAAUAAAGACCAUCCUCAUAUAUAAAAUCGG